UCCAGUCAGAAUCAGAUGCAUCUCCACUCUCAUCAGCUCUUUGAUCUCACUGUAACCUCUGCAACAACAAGAUCAAUCUGGCAUUCAGCGCAUCUCAUAUACUAAUAGAAGGGUCUUUACAAGUAUUACAAUAUUUACGACACCCCCGCGAUCAUGACAGGCCUCAACCUGCUCGAUCUCAUCAUCGCCAUUGACAAUGCUCCUCUGGAUUUUGCAACAUAUUGCGCCUCUUACUACCGUCUCUUUCUCUCUCCUGACCCUCGCCCGCAUGGCUUCAUCCUCCCCGCCACAGUAUCCCUAAUGCCAUGGCCCUCAUCCUUCACCAUCGACCACGACAACCGCACCGUCACAUUGAGCGAACCUCCAUCUGGCUCAACACUUACAGAGCACGCAAAUGCUGCGUUUCAAGAAGCUGUCGAUAAAGCCAUUGACGAUGACCUGUUUCCUAUUCUGCAUAAGGAACACAGUGAGUACUUUCGCAUAGUCGGCGCAAGGGAGUUCGUGCAGGUCGAGAGGUUUGCUGCUCCGUUAUUUGGCAUUGCGACGAGGGGUGCUCAUUUGACGGGGUAUGUACGCGAUGAUGGUGGUAAGAUGAAGAUUUGGGUUGCGAGACGGAGUCGUCACCUCUUCAGCUACCCUGGUCUUCUGGACAGUACUGUCGCCGGUGGUAUCAAGGCCAGCGAUACGCCACUUGCAUGUAUCAAAGCUGAAUCUACCGAAGAAGCUUGUCUUCCGCCAGAUCUCGUCUCGUCGAGCGUUGAACCCGCGGGAGCGAUAACGCUGGCGAACAUCAACCAGCAGUCAAAGCUAUUCCACUCAGAUAUCAUCUACGUCUUCGAUCUAGAGAUGCCGAAUGAUGUUGUUCCUCGACCGGGAGAUAACGAAGUGGAGGAGUUUGUACUGAUGGAUUGCCAGGAAGUGAUAGAGCGCAUGUUGGCGGGACAGUUUAAGCCGAAUGUGUGUCCUGUCAUGAUCGACUUCUUGAUCAGGAAGGGGUUCAUCACGAAAGAGAACGAGAGUGGCUUUGAGGAGAUUCAGAGGAGGUUGAGGAGAGAGAUUCCUGUGCCGAUGGAGUCUGAUGUGUAGUGGGUGCAACUUGGAGAUAUUUUAUUGUGACACAGAUUCAUUAAAGAGCCCCUUAAGCUUCGUUUAGGCUUCGUGAUUUAGGCUCUAGGUCCUAAGGUUUCUUUGCCCUUGUGUGUAACCAGGUAAUCAGUGUGUCUUGUUACAGUCUUCUAAUUACAAUCGUUUCAUAUAAGUUGAUCACAAAUUUGAAAGUUGAG